GUGGCCAUAAACCCCAAGAUUCCGUAAUUCUUAAUCCCAGUCGGCAAGCUCCGCACGCUAAGCUAUUUUCGGGCACGCGAUCCUUUCAUGAUGUGGGUCCAGCAUCACGGGAGGCAAGCCGAGGCCGGAUCUGAUAAACAUAUCUCUCUCUCAGUCUGUGAUUAACAACGGUUUUAGAUAUCCUCGGAACUUCCACGCACCUAGACAAGUAUACUGUUUAUAAGUAUCCGACACGUUGCCAGGGUUGUUGUUUCAGAAGUCCCAACCUAAACAACCAUGAAGCUUUCACGUAUACUACCACUCGCUGCUGGCGCCGGCUCCUGCCUGGCCGACCCUUCGGCUGGGCCUCAAUACGUCUUCUCCAUGCCAGAGGACCAAUCUGCAGCUCUCUACAAGAUACCAACACCUUACGAAUCUGCUGUCCAAGGUCGGCGAAUCUUAGCCCUGACACCUCUCGGCACCCUUUCGACCGUAUUCCCGGACUCUUCCAAGUCAGCCGUUGAAUCCAGCGGCAAUGAGAUAUCGGACUCUGAGAAUAGACCUUCUGGUCUCGCGGGUGUGCCUAUUGGCUUGAUGGACUACAUUGCCGAUUGCGAGGAUGAGGGCAACCCCACCAUUCUGGCGAUCAACAUUGCGACGUCUUUCAAGAACGUCGCUGCUGGGUCAAAUAUCAGUGUCGGCUUGCAGUGGACACCUCCUUACCCACCGGCGAAAAGGAUCACGUCUGUACCUUGCGGAACCCUUGGACGUUGGCUAGGCCAGUGCCACACAGAGGAGGAUGACGACAGGAACGAGCAAAAAGAGCCGGUUCCUUACUCAGCUGCUAACCUACCGCGCUUUUCGCUCAUCGGAUAUCUUGAAAAGUUGCCGACGACAGCCAGCUUGGCCUCCUGUUUCGUGAAGGCGCACCCCGAUGCCAAGUACUGGCUGCCUGGAAACCGAAUUCACGAGGCUGAGUUUGUCAGACUGGUUGUGCAACAGGUCUACUGGAUCGGUGGAUUUGGCGACCGCGCUUAUAUUGGCUGGCUGAACCCCGAGGAUUGGAGGAACAUCACCAAGGACGAAUGGGAAAGUGUGAGAUUGCCCGGAGAAAAGAAGGGCUGGAAGGAGUGGACGGUUGAUUUCUUGCAAGAGCUGUGAGUAAGGACACAUGUGACCACCAUGUUGUAGUCUUGCUCAAAGCCUGCAUGGCCUUGAAGAUUCAUCCUGCAAAACAUAAUUACCGUAGUAUGCCAAAAUCAUACUGAUGUCUCUAAUAGUGUAGUUUUAUGGCGAUGGCUAAGAGUACGUAGUUUUCAUGCUAGAUAUUUAGUUGACAAACGUCGAACCAUCUGUCU